GACAUAUAAAGACAUUAAAUCCACACUCGGCUGCAGACAUGGAUUUGACAUUAGUGAGAGACAUUUGAAAAGAUUAAAAAAAGGUUUUCUACGUCGGCAAACCGGAAAUUGAACAUACGGGGGCGAACCGGAAGUAAACCAGACACACAACAGCGGAGGCGCAAAGCGAAAAGGAUAAAACGCCCAUCUGUCAGCUACAACCAUGGAGGACGAUUUGGAGAGGUUCUUAAUUUCUAGAGAAGUCCCAAAAGACGACAUUACACGAAUGAAGAGAGACAAGGUUGACAAAGCAGUGUUGCGCAUCAUGAGUGAUGAGCAAAUGUCAAAAUACAUAAACACAUAUGGUGAUAGAGUAGCUGUGCUAUCUUUCUGUGAACAAACACAGUGCCAAAGCAUCAGUAAAGACACUCUUUUAGAGAGAUUGAAAUGUAAAAUAGGGGCACGCAAAAUGAAAUCAAAGACAAGAGGAUCACCGAGUGGAACCCCAGACGAACUCCAAAAUACCAUGGCCAGAGAAAGAAAUAGGGCAGGAGAGAAGGCUUCAAGAAAGGUUGAAAUUGGAUGGCUUCAUUUUGGCAUUAAUGGAUACAGUCAAGUACGGACCAACAGUGGGGGAGGCACGAGACAUUCUACAAUGGCAAAAACAGCUACUGUUGCUCAGAUCAUGGAAUUAGGAAAAGAACUAUUUUUUCCUGAUGGGCAGUCCACAAAAGGGCGAGCUGAAGACUUCACGUUUGACAUCUGCGAUUUUAAAAGGAACAAGAUUCCCUUUAAUCACACUGUUGGCCAAAUGUAUGAACAAACUAAACUAAAACUUCUCAGAUUUUACAUCUGUACUAAAGAGGGAGCUCCAAAAGAUCACUCAUCUGAGGAAAAUGGUCAGUUUGAAGAUGGAUCUCAGUCAGUCAUCACAGAUCUGCAGGAUAGUUCAUAUUCAACUGAUAGUGACGGAAGCGCCCAGAUGCAACAAAGAUCAAAAAGGUUAAGGAAAAUAUCUGAGGAUGAGACAGCACAAAGUCCAGGUCCAUCACAUCCCUUUCAGUCAACCCCAACAGACAUAAAAAAUAGCAGCAUUGACGGAAGAGAAAACACGAGUGACGUCACUUUACCGGAACCGGGCCCCUUGUUUGACGAGGCAGAUACACUUGUGUGGGAUUCGGACGAUGAUGUGGUGGUUAUCAAUUUAAAACAUGUUGAUGAGGAUGACACACAGAGGACAGAGUUGGGUGGUGCUCCUACACAGGUGAUAGAGCUUCUACUCCCUUCAGGUGAUGGCCUGCUUAACCUGGAUGAGCAGCAGUCCAUACACGAGGAAGCAGUGCAAGCUGCCCAGCUGGACAGUGGGCUAAAUUUCAAUUUGCCCUCUCAUUCAAGCAGCCACAUGCCAACAGACAGCAACCCAGGAAGUCCCCAGACCACACGGCGUGCUUCAGUUUGCAGGAUAAAGGUUGUUGAUGAUCUUUUGCCUGUAUUUACUGACAGCAGCAUCAUGAAUAUGACUUUAAAGAUGGACUUUGUCAACGAAAAAGCUAUUGAUGAUGCCGGAGUGUCUAGGGAGGUGUACACAGCCUUCUGGGAGCAAUUUCUUGAACAGUGUGAAGGAGAAACAGAGCGAGUUCCAAGGCUUAGGCCAGAUUUUUCUGAGGCUGAAUGGCAAGCAGUUGGACGGAUUUGGGUUAAAGGAUUUGUAGAUCAUGGUGUUAUGCCAGUAAAGCUAUCAAUGGCUUUUAUUUUAGCAUGCAUCAAUGGAAUUGACCAUGUUGAUACAGACAUCCUGAUGUCAUCAUUUCUCAACUACCUCCCUCCCAUUGAGAGAUCAGCUGUUGAGAAGGCUCUUCAGGGAACACUGGAUGAAAGUGAUCAAGAGGACUUGCUUGACCUUUUCACACGGAUGGGUUCCCAUUUCCUACCUCCAGAGAACAACAUGAAGCCUGCCAUAGAACUAAUGGCACACAAAGCAAUUCUCCAAGAGCCCAAAUUUAUUGUAGAUUGCCUCUCCACACCCAUGUCACUUGUGAGGUUUAAACUACCAGAUAAGGAAAGUGUGUUGAGUGUUUAUGAGUUAAAGAAGCCUACGGGCAAAAGAGUAAUGCAAUUGCUUGAAACUAAUAAGGUGGUGCUGUCUCAAAGAGAACAAACAACCUUAAACCAUCUCCAACGUUAUGUGAAAAAUGCUGAUCAAGCAAAAGCUGAGAAAAUCCUACGCUUCUGCACAGGUUCCUCAGUUAUAUGUGUUGAGAAGAUUAUGGUUAGCUUUAAUGCUGAAACUGGCCUCAACAGAAGGCCUGUUGCUCAUACCUGUGGAGCUACAAUUGAUGUGCCAUGUACAUACAGUUCUUACCCAGAAUUUCGGACAGAGUUUGACAAUAUCCUGUCCAGCAAUUACUUAGAAAUGGACAUCAUUUAAAUGUGGGACCAGGUUUAACUAGGCCAAGAAGUAACUGGCCUCAUGGUAUGGUUGAUAAUCAUUUAUUUAUGUAUUUAUGUUUUGUCAUUUAAACAUCUGAUGCACUGACAUCAUGAUAAGCAGUCUCAUUUCCUUUUCAGCAUGCACUUUAUUUGUUUUACUGGUGCAAUAAUACACCUCCAUUUUUUAACAGAUUUUAUAUUUUAAAUUAUACUUUGAAAAUGACUGCAGCUUUCUGUUUGAUUAUUUUAAAUCUAACCCAGUUUCUAUGCUGGACUUCUUUUCUUAAAAGCAUAUAAGGGUGAUAUUCUGUUAUUUACAGAAUUGUUAAUCACUGGUAGAAUUAGUGAUUGUUCCUUUUGAAGUCAUGCCAGUUAGUUGCUUAUUCAGAAGCAGUUUAAAACUCAAUACGAAGAUACCUAUCCAGUGUUCCUGUUUACAAAAUGUAUAAGCUGAGUUUGUCUGUGUAAUAUGCCCUUCUGAAUUAUUACAAUGUUUCCAUCAUAUUGAUCUAAUGUACUACUGUAACUUCAUGCUAUCACAUGUAUUUUUUUAUGUGAGUGCAUUUGCCCAAGAAGUGACCUUGAAUGUUUGUAUAACUUUUUUUUAUUGACAAACUAGUCAGAUUUGGCAAAGUUUACAUUACCUCAGGGUUUCAAAUGUUUGUAAAUGUUUUACAUACAGAAAAAUUAAAAAAGAAUUCCGCUA